UAUGUUGUUGCUCUGCCAAACCGAGUUGGAGCGUUUCACUGUAUCCGAUGACACAUAUUCAGUCUCACUGUGUUGUGACAAUGGCCGAAAACGUGGCAAAGUUGGCACUGAUGUAUGUCGCUUUGUUUUCCCUUCUCUGUUGUCGGUGGGUCGUUUUGGCAUCACGUGAAGUUGCGGAGGAGGGAACGUGCUCCAAGUCAUGCACAAACAUCACUGUGGUGGCUGAACCUGGGACCAAGGGGGACGUUGGUCCAAAAGGUGAGCCUGGUCCCCGCGGGACACGUGGUGUGAGGGGCGAGCGCGGCAGGAUGGGUCUGGUGGGAGGGGUCGGACCUCCAGGCCCGCCGGGAAGAACCGGCACCGCCGGGCGGCCUGGCGAGAAGGGAGACCCGGGCCCGCCCGGGCAGAAGGGCGUGGAGGGCGACCAGGGACCGCCAGGGGGGUACGGCGCGACCGGUGCACCUGGUAGCCAGGGACAGCCAGGUGCGCAGGGACCACCUGGUCAGAAUGGAAUUAAAGGAGCGCCAGGUGAUUUGGGUUCACCUGGUGAGAAAGGUGAGAAAGGAGAGCUCGGUGUUCAGGGUUUGCCCGGAUGGCCUGGAACUAAAGGAGCCACGGGGACACCUGGAACACCUGGGAAAACGGGAGAGGACGGAGCACAAGGCUUACCUGGACCGCCAGGUGCUUCAGUUGCGGGCAUACCUGGACAGAAAGGGAGCAAAGGAGAACCAGGACAAGCAAACGCAAAGGCGUUGUCCUUUCUGACGCCAGGCCCACCUGGCUCCACAGGACUCCCCGGGGAAAAGGGAAACAAAGGUGACACGGGACAAACAGGUGCCAACGGUUCACCUGGACCACCUGGGCCGGCAGGUGUCAGAGGACUACCUGGGUGGAAGGGAGACCAAGGUGACCCUGGGCAGACAGGUGCACCUGGUUCACCUGGCGAGAAGGGUAGCAAAGGUGAGACCGGAAAAACGGGACCAAGUGGACUGUCGUUUGCAGCAGGCCCACCUGGUCUGAGGGGCUUACCUGGAGAAAAGGGGAGUAAAGGUACACCUGGUAAUCCAGGUGUUAACGGAGUACCUGGUGCGCCAGGGAAGUCAGGUGUGGGCUUACGCGGUGAGAAGGGUGCGAAAGGUGAGCCAGGAGAAGCAGGUGGAUCGGGAUCACCUGCACUGACAGCUGUAAAGGGCGACAAAGGAGAGCCAGGUGAAAUCAGCGCGAGGAUGUUGUCUUUUCUCCAGUCCGAGUCGGCUGGACACAGGGCGACACCUGGAGGGAAAGGAGAGAAGGGCUCACCUGGCAAACCAGGUGCGGGAGGAUCACCUGGUCUCCCCGGACAGCCAGGUGUGCAGGGCCGGCCAGGUGUCGGCUCGCCGGGGAAGAAGGGUGCUAAAGGUGACCCCGGGAGAAAGGGAGAGGCAGGUAGAACAGGUGCACGCGGCACGAAGGGGCUUGCAGGUGCGCGGGGGCCACCUGGGGAGAAAGGUAGCAAAGGACACCAAGGGAAGACAGGUUAUCCCGGGUUACCUGGUCUAACAGGUGAGGAAGGAAAGCCGGGAUACAAAGGUGAUACAGGUAGGCCAGGGCCGCCAGGUGAGCCAGGAACGCCAGGUUUGAGAGGAGCAUCCGUGAAAGGAGACAAGGGUGACAGGGGCAGACCAGGUGAAACAGGUGCACCAGGUGUAAAUGGGCACCCGGGACAGAAGGGAGACAAGGGCGACGCAGGUAAACCGUGUGAGUCGUCCUGUACAGGUGUACCUGUCCAAUCCGGCCGGCGGGGGGAUGCACCCAUCGUGGCGUUCUCCGCCACUUUGAGAGUUCGGAUCCUGAACGCCCCCGAGAACACUAUAGUUACGUUCGACAUCGUCCACACGAACGAGGGAAACGCUUACGACGAGAAAACGGGGAAGUUCACGCCGCGCGUUGGCGGGCUGUACAUGUUCACCUUCACCGGCAUGACCACCAGCGUGAAGGGCUCCGCCUACUGGAGCCGGCUGAAGAAGAACGGCGAGUCGAUAGUCAGUCUGUACGACAAGUCCAACGGCGACCACCUGUCGAGUAGCAACAGCGCCAUCUUGCGGCUGCAGCCUGGGGACGAGGUGUGGGUGGAGCUGGACGGGAGGUCCUCCAUGUGGAGCGACCCUGGAGGUUACGUCUCGUUCUCAGGGUACUUGAUCCACCAUAUAUGA